AUGACCGCUACCGGCAAAGACAGCGUUUCGGGAAUCGACUCGGCAGCCGCACCCAACGCCGAAAUAGUCACCCUAUCAACAUGGAUGCUCGCAGCAGCCUUUUUGGGAAUCGCUUUCUACCUCUGCGCCGAGCUCAACGUGCGUCUACUCAUCAGAGCCACGCGGUACAGUCUGUACUUUUGGAGCUGCUUCCUCUGUAGCUGGGGCAUCAUCGUCCACGGCAUCGUCAUCUUGUUGUCUGACCUGGAAAUAUGGGCAUCCUAUUACUCUAUCAUCUUCAUCGAAUUCUCAUGGUUCACUUUCGUUGUAUGCCAGUCUCUCGUCCUGUACUCGCGCCUCAACCUCGUCUUGCUCACCCCGCGUAUCGCAAACUAUGUGCUAUGGAUGAUCAUCGUCAACGCUGUUUUAUUUGGGCUUACAACUGUUGUCUUGGGUUUGGUCGCCCGCCAUUCCCGCUUCUCCACUCAACUCACCCACACCAAUAUAACGUGGGAUAAGAUUCAACUUGCUGCUUUCACUACACAGGAAACUAUCAUCGGCGUCCUCUACAUCCGCGUCACUGCCUCACACCUCAAGGACAUGACUCUCCUCGGCUCUUGCCGCAACACCACCCGUCGCAAUUUGCGCAAUCUCAUCGCCGUAAACGUCUUCAUCAUUAUGCUCGAUGCAACCGUCAUGGUGCUGUGCUACACGGGUUUCUUCUUCCUGCAGGGCUUCUACAAAGCGGCUGUCUAUGCAAUCAAGCUCCGCACUGAAUUCACCAUUCUCAACCAGCUGAGGUUGUCGUUGCCAGGAGCCACAGGUGAGAGAUCCUCGGAUGUCAUGUCUGGACACGCUUGUCGCGACGGGAGGUGCAUGUUGAGGCGAGGAACAAUAAGCGCGCAUGAUUGGAGGGAGACCGAUGUAGAAAUGAAUGGGAUCCGGGUGCAGAGGGAUAUUGCAGUCAAGUCGAGUAGAGAUGGACAUACGGUUAGGAUAGUACCGGGGGUUGGCGAGGGGUUCUAA